UGAACGUCCAGACAGCUGUUGUCGUGACACGUGCACCAGCACGUACAGCGUCAUCGUCGCGCACGUCACCGCGCCGGAUGUUGAUAUAAAGUCUGGAGGAAGGGCUGGAAGAAAACAGCAACGCCAGCUGAACGCGAAUAAACAAACACUCGACCUGAAGCGGCUGGUGUGUGUGUGGAUCAUGGGCCGUAUCUUCUUGGAUCACAUCGGCGGGACACGCCUGUUCUCCUGCGCUAACUGUGACACCAUCCUGACGAACCGCUCCGAGCUGAUCUCCACACGCUUCACCGGCGCCACCGGACGAGCUUUCCUCUUCAACAAGGUGGUGAACCUGCAGUACAGCGAGGUACAGGACCGUGUGAUGCUGACCGGCAGACACAUGGUGCGAGACGUCAGCUGUAAGAACUGCAACAGCAAGCUGGGCUGGAUCUACGAGUUCGCCACCGAGGACAGCCAGCGCUACAAGGAGGGCCGUGUGAUCCUGGAGCGAGCGCUGGUGCGAGAGAGCGAGGGCUUCGAGGAGCACGUCCCGUCAGACGCCUCCACGCACGCGAUCAUGGGGCGCUACAGCGGCAAGACGUGCCGCCUGAUCCUGAUGCUGGUCAUCACCGUCAUCUUCUUCGUGGCGGAGAUCGUGGCGGGGUACAUGGGCAACUCCAUCGCGCUGGUGUCGGACUCCUUCAACAUGCUGUCGGACAUCCUGUCGCUGUGCGUCGGGCUGACGGCGGCGCGCGUGUCGCGGCGCGCGGGCUCGGGGCGCUUCACGUACGGAAUGGGUCGCGCGGAGGUGGUGGGCGCGCUGGCCAACGCCGUGUUCCUCGCCGCGCUCUGCUUCUCCGUGUCCAUGGAGUCACUGAAGAGACUCGCCCUGCCGCAGGCCAUCGAUGACCCGCCGCUCGUGCUGAUCGUGGGCUCGCUGGGGCUCGCGGUGAACGUGCUCGGGCUCAUCAUCUUCCAGGACUGCAGCUGCCUGCGCGCGAGGCGUCAGAAGGACGCGUCAGGGCCGCGCAAGGAGAAGGAGGAGGAGGAGGACGCGGCGGAGGAAGAGACAGGCCUGCAGCAGGAGAAGACUGGGAGUGAUGGACCUCCCCUGAACAUCAGAGGUGUGCUGCUGCACGUGUUGAAUGAUGCGCUGGGUUCAGUGGUGGUGGUGGUGGCCUCGGCUCUGUUCUAUGUGUGGCCCCUGGCCCCUGAGAGCCCGUGUAACUGGCAGUGUUACGUGGACCCCAGUCUGACGCUGGUCAUGGUGGCCAUCAUCAUGUCUUCAGCUGUUCCUCUGGUCAAAGAGACGGCUGGGAUCCUGCUGCAGAUGAGUCCCGUGGACCUGCCGUUCUCCACCGUCUUGGAGAGCGUGUGCAGACUUCCCAGCGUGGUGAGCGUCCAUGAGGCUCAUGUCUGGGAGAUAGCUAAAGGACGUAACGUGGCCUCGCUGCACGUCAAAGUGUCUUCUGAGCCGCAGGAAGUGUGUUGGGACAGACCUGCUCUUCACGCACAGAUCCAGCAGCUGUUCCACCGCGCCGGGGUCCACAGCGUCACGGUUCAGCUGGAGAGCGCUGAUGGAGAACCGGAGCGCUGCGAAGUCCCCUGUGUGUCGCCCGCGUGCCUCAAACUGUCCUGCUGUCCCUCCGGAGUGUCCACUGUGUACCGCGGGAGCCCUGUCCCUCCCUCAGGAGACGUCACCGUCCACAUGCUGCCUGAGAAAGACACGGAGCACGGAUCCACCAAAUGCACCAAGUUCUAGAUCUGGAAACCCAGGGGUUCACCGAACAAACAGACUCUGUGUUUAACUAUCCUCACCACUGUGCCUCGCUGCCCUUUCAGACUCCAGCUCAUGAUUCCUGCUGAUUGUUCUUCGUUAGUCCUUCACGUUUGAGUCCUGACAGAGACCAGAUCAUCAGUCAAACUAAUCAGACGCUUAUUUAUUGUUCUGCAGCAAUUCAGAGACACGUCCGGCUCAUAUUUCAGCCCAAAACACUUGAUCAAGUCGAAGUCUAAGAAUGUAAACAUGAUGAUAGCAUUUACCGUACUGCCUCUAAUGCUAAUGCUAGCUGCUAUAAGCUAAUAUGCAAUUAUUAUUACAAUUAUCAAUAGAUUUUGGGGGGAAACUGGACCUGGACAUGGUUUCAUGAAAUUCAUACCAAUAGCAUAUUUACAUUCCUUAUUGCUAUUUAUGACCUUUUUGUUCUUAAUAAUCUUUAUAACUUUUUGGUGAUUCAGGGAAACACUUAAUCAAUGAACUGAUAUUUAGUAGUUGUUGUUGUUGUGUGUUUGUUUGUAUUUGAAAGACAAUCAACUAUAAAAUCAAGCUUUAAAACUGUAUAAACUAAUAUUAAACAUGCUGGUUGAAUUCGGAUUUAAAUAAAAAAAGUGAACUGUGAA